UCACCGAAUUUCUCCCAAUUAAAAUACUGUCGUGCGCAGCCCAAGACUUUUACAUAUUAAUAAAGUCAUCUCCUGUCGCCUGCCACCACCGCGUACCUGACAGGCUUGGGUCAACUUGAAUCGAUCGCCAAGAACUUAGGGGACCGCCUAAACCUUCCAACCCAUCCUGCAUCCCACACAAUCCCUACGACGAUUCUGCCGAUUUCAUCACUACUACAAUAUUAACGUCUCGUUCAGUUUCAACCGUUACAGAAUUGGUUUGAACGCCGAGAGAUAUCCAUUAUCAUCCUUGAACGUUGUCGCCGCUUACGUUUGGGGUCGUCUUUCUCGGAAUACUUGUUCUCGUCUAAAUCCUACAUAUUCCUUCCGAUCCCUCACAUUGGCGCCGUUUCGGUUUUCGAGGUGCAUAUUACGCAAAUAAUUCACAAUUUAUUUUUCAACCAAGCAACAAAUCAGCAAUCAAAAAUCCGCCAUGAAGAACUUAACAACCAUCUUAUGCGUCCUCUCGGUCGCGCCCUUGGGUCUUGCAGCUCCUGUCGUCACGCACGAUAAAACUCCGAGCCAAUUCAACGAUGCAUCUUCCCAUGUGCAACAAGCAACACGGCCAACAGAACUGCACCAAACCAAGUCCUUCUUAUUCCCUUUCUUCACGCCGUCUCGAGUACCAGCAGAGAAGCGUCCAAAGUUUGUUGUCACAGAAGAUGGCCGACGUAUGCAACUACCGGACCAUCUUGCAGGUGCCAAAUCUUGGGAGACUCCUAAUGUCCUUCACUUUCUGUCCUCAUUGGCUCGUCCGAAGAAGCUAUCGCCAUUCCCCGACUCUAGCAUCAUGAGAGAGGAGACACGCGCGAACAACGCUGAGAUCGAACCGCAACUAACCAUUGUGGAGUUGGAGACUAAGGCAGAGCGCGAAUCGUGGACAUAUCUACCUUACGUCACCGAAGACAAUGUACUGCGCUUCAAGUGUGUGCACAAGGUCGCGGAUAAGGGCGUCCUCCUUCCCUUGAUUGCAUUUUCCGUACUCAUCGUUAUUAUCACUUUCGUCAUUUUAAUGAGCCUGCUUCGACACUUGUAUCGCUCUGUUUGUUCCGCCAAGCAUGGGGCAAUUCACCUAGAUGACGAAGAGAACGCGACGCCCAGCAGCUCGCUUAAAGUUGCCUGCCCACCCCAGGAGCCUCAAACUCUCAAACUUGAUUUGAAGGCGGAUUCCUCAAUUGACGGCACUAUGGACGAGAAAAGUUAUGAGUUGUGACGAUCCGGGGGUUUCUUUUCCAUUAUGAUACCAAAAUCGGUCUUGGCGUUUGGGAUCCGAGCUGGCAUCGCUCGUGGGCAAGCAUUGAAAUUUCGUUUCACCAGAAAAACAGAGCAACGGUAUCGUUGGGACUAUGCAACGUCGAUUGAUUCACGCUAG